CCGUGUUGUUCAUCUUUCUUAAAGUUCUUUGCUGUCACUCCCUUUGUUUCAUUCUUGGUUUUGGCUUUCUUCAAUUGCGUGCAUUCAGAGGUCCUCAUGGCAAACCCUUCGGUGUUCAAGAGCUUCUUGCUCUGCUACUUGUCAUUAUUGGGUUUUACACUAUCAGCAAACAAUCACGGCGUCAAAUUCCUCUUCCCCACGACCAACCAGAUCCUCAAUUACCAGGACACAGUGAACGUAACCUGGCGGUCCCCCUUCAAGAAUCCCCUCCUCUAUACAUUCUGCUACAACUCCGUGAAUCAUGACAUGAUCCAAGAGGCCAUCCAAAAGGUCGCACCUUACAACGGCUCACAACUCAUCCCGUUGGUCUGGAAAGGCGUCUCGAGCUGCAACUUCAAUCUGAGACCCAACACUACGGCGGGAAACGGCGCCGAUAGUCCUUUGUUUAUUGUAUUACCCACAGCACGGGCCGUGCCCACAACCGUAGAAUUGGGUUCGCCGGCCAGCACAAGCGGCAGCACGUCAACAGCAACAGGAGAAGGCGACCCGAGCACGAACGAUACCCCGUCCUUGAACACUGGGCUGAGCAGUGGCGCGAAGGCUGGCAUUGGAGUCGGUGUUGCUGUAGUUUUGCUUGCCGUUCUGGCAGGAGUUGCCCUCUUCCUCCUUCAACGACGGAAGGCCAAGAAGACUGUUGCAAAUCCGACACCGCCGCCAGGAUAUGUUGAGAAAUAUUACGGCGGGGGUAGUGGUGGACAGAAAUACCAGCCGGUUGACAGCACGACGGGGUCGGAUGUACAGAUGCAAGAGAUGAAUGCUGAUACCUUGACGGCGCAGCCAGGAGAGCUGAGCGCAGAGGUUGCGCAUGAGCUAUCUGGUUCGGAUGUGCGGAGGGAGAUGAAUCCUGGGACUAUUGCGAGAAAUACGGCGGGGGGGGACGGGAGGGGUUUUUCGUGGGAUAAGAGUACCACCCCUUGAUGUUUUGGUAAAAAUGGAGUGCCACGAGCGGUCUCAGGUGCCAGAAAACUUACCAAGAACAUGAAAGGCAUGUCCUACUGACGAAUUAUGAUAGAACUUCCUCUCUUCCGGCAGGAUCGAGCGACCCUGAGGAACGCGUGGAAGGAACGAUGUGCCAUAGCUGGCUAGGUAUGUCGAAGGAAUGUAGCGAGCUAUCGCGAGGGGCUGUCUUCGGAAGCAACGAAACAAGCAGAGGGCUCGAGUUUGCAGGGCUCGAAAACUGCGAAGACAAGUGAGGCAGAUGGCGAUCUGCUGGGAGUCGAUGAGGUUCUUGUCCGUAGUUGCUUGAGCCCUCCUCCUCUUCAAGUCAAGGCCAAGAUAUACAAGGAAACCACUAAUAUAAAACAUCCGCCC